AUGAAUUUUGACCAGAAGACCGUGAAAUUCUUGGCAAACUUUUACAUCAAUGGAGGCAAACACUGGACCCAUGGCCCGCUGGGGCAGAAGGCGCCAGCACCCAGCCAGCCCAAGGCUUUUGUGCUGUUGGUGGGCCAGGAGUCUGGGAUGGCCUGGGACAAGGCAUGGCCCCCGGGGGCCCAGGAUCUCCCAGCAGGCCUUAGAUUGCACAUGGGCACCCCCCAGGACCUCCUGCCCAUUUGUACCUGCACCCUGAGGGAGAUGUUGCUGGAGCAGCGCCCCCCUAUCCUGACCGACCUGGAGGUCCCUGGCCCCACCAAGUAUCCGGUGCCAGACGCGUCUGUACGCGAGUCCUCCCCCCAUCCCCACUACACCAUGGGCCGCAAGCCCCCUGCCCGCGAGGGCGGCAGCCGCAGGGCUUGGCAGACCACAUGGCUCCAGAGUGAAAACCCCUUCAUGCAGAAAGCUGACUUCAACCGAGAGCAAAAGGCUUCUUUGCACCCCCAGGGCGAGAAGCGGCCCAGCCCCAACACCUACAACAUCCUGCCUGGGUCUGUCCUGCGGAGCCCGCGGUCGCCCACCUUUUCUAUGAGCCGCUCACCUGCCUUCGUCUCUUGGGUCAGCACCUCGAGCACCCCUGGCCCAGCCACCUACUAUGUGGAGGACUGCUACAACUCGCGCUUUCCCUCGACGCCUGGAGUGGUCAUCCAAGGCAUGCGGAGACCCAAGCGCCAUGACACGGGCCCCUUCAGCACGCUCUAG